GCACUUUGCAUUUUCGCACCCAAGUUCAUUCAGUGCCAAGUAGUUGUCGACGAUAAUGAUGCACGUGGACCUGCUCCUAAACACCGCGUCGACGAUGCGAUACCAAGAUAAGGUGGCCAUGCCGCAGCAUCCCCAGCAGCAGCCGCAUUACGUCGCACAAAGCAGAAGUUUACCAAGCUUGACGACACAAGGUCAGCACGGCGGCUGCGAUGCCUGGUCCUUGCCGCCACCGACCGCCCACGAGAGCCAGAGAUACCACCACCAUCAUUACGACCUGCCGCCUCCAUCGAUGUCUCCGCCGUCAGCAUAUUCCACCAUGUAUGCGUCACCCCAGUACGAAGCCAAGCACAAUCCCAAUACGCCACCCAGUCGAUUCCCCCCGACACUUCACCAGCCCCCGACUUUGACUCUUGCGCCGUUGCACAUAUCGACAGAUGUGAAGCCCCUUCCGUCUUUGCAUGAGUCGAUCUCAACGCCCAUGGCGUGGACCAGCCAUCAUCAUUCAUGGCGAGUGCUUCCUUCGAUCCACAUCAAGGAAGAGCCCGUGGCGCGCAGCCCUGCCGUCAGCAUGUUCUCGUCCGUAAUCAACGCUUCCGCUAUCCAGCGCCGUCUGGCCAUCGAGCGGCGCAACCUGAAGCGAAAGAUUGUACCCCGUCGCCAUCACUCGACUUGGCCAGACAUGAACUCAUGUAGUCCUAUUAUUGUGGACGUCAAGAACACGAAGAAUCGCGAGAGCGCCGCGGCAUAUCGGGAAAAGCGCGACCGGAAGAUGAAAGUCAUCUUGGCCGAGAUCCACCGCAUCCAAGCGGCACAUCCGUCGGUGGCAUUCGAUGACUGGAUACCCGCGAAGCUACCCAAAAGCGAACGACAUGAGGGCGAAUCGAAAGAGGACUACCGUCGACGCACCAACCGAGAGUCGGCCGCGGGGUCGCGGGAACAGCAGAAAGAAAAGCUCAUGCACUACACACAACAAGUCAUCCGCAUGCGCGAGUUCACGUCCACGGCACCGUGCGACGACAGCCGGAGGGACGUCCAAACCCAAUAAUAAUAUUUACAAAAUCAUCCUAGUAUCAACAACCAACCCUACGCAGUAGUUAUUUGGUCCUUGGUAUUGUUGAAUGCUUC